AUGGCGCUGCGGCCGUCAAUUCAUGCCUGCUCUGUGUGGCCCGUUGGCAUCGACUUCGAUAUUCUGCGAGCUUACACCGCCGGAUACACUGUGGAGGAGACUGUGAUGUACAUGAUGCAGAUUAACGCAGCAGAGUCGCGUGACCGAAGCAAAAAGAAUUCUGUUAGCCACUCUGUGGCACAUUUGCACAACAGUCCACGCGGCAGGAGUUUUGAGUGCCCGCGACAUUUAGAGGAUGAAAUGCCGUUGAGUAGCAGCGUCCCUGUGAUUGGCGACAACGUUGCUCCUGAAACGACGACGACGACAACGACAAGGAUGCCUAUGGAGACGACAGUGAUGGCUACCGCUGCUGAUCCUCCUCCUCCUCCUCCUACUACUACUACUACUACUACUGCUACUAUUAGUACUACUGUGGUGGGGGGAAAGCAGGGAGAAGAGACGGUGGAGAAGAGCACAAGUGAGACUGGCACUGGUGACGAUGUGAAAGGGGUUCUGCUGGCGUUGCACAACCGCAGCUUUCCCCUCAGUGGCUCCAAUCUCGCAUUUCAUCACGAGCUGCUGCAAAAUGUGUCGGAUGCGAUGACCGCUACAAGUUACUUUCUUCAUGAAGAUGUGGCAGAGCAGUUCAACCUCAUCGAAAUGCUGCGGGAGAACUAUUUGUCAACACCGUACGCCUUCCUUUCCAGCUAUUCGAUUCCAAUGACACUGAGGGACCGACGGCGUGUGGUGGAGGUGUUCUACAGUGUCGAUGACGAAGUGCUGAAAUUCUUCUUUGGCGAGCGCAUGCACAAGUUUGAGGUCGACGGCGAGUCGGAGGGCCGCUUUUUCUGCAGCGCUGGCGGCAAGCGCGGCAAUGGGCUGCGCAAACUUACACGGGCAGGACUGCUGGAGGGGUCGCUGCGGCGGCAGUGGGAGAACCUCAAGUGGGUGAGUACCUUUCUCGUCUCCGCCUAUCGUGGGCGCGAUGGGAUACUGAUUCCGUGCACCACGCCACUCCCCACGGCGCUGCGGCAGUGUUUCGCCCUGCGUGGGUCCCUCGGUGUGCUGUACGCCACUUUUGUGUUUGGUUUUGAGCACCGGCUGACGGGCCGCUGUUGGGAGAACCUUUCAUAUGCGGAUUGCACCUCCGUCUGCCACGUGCUCGCCUCUCUGUGGUGUGACGACUCAGAGCUGAUGCUGCGCGAGGAUUUCUGCGGCGCAUGCGCCCGUAUCGCCCGUCUCCUUGAUGAGAACCGUGUGGUGGCGGAGAUGCACCAGAUGGCCUUUGCUGAGGCGAUGCGUCCACGGUGGCAGGUGCAAUUAAACGAGGUGCAGCGCGCAAUUUCCACAAACACGGGCGUCGGCACAAGUGGCGGCCCACACGCUGCGAGUUUGGCCAGUGCGGCGCAGCCGUCACCAACGACAAAUGUCCCACCGGCACUGUUGCCACGCAACACGAGUACACUACCGUUAGAUGCGGAGACACAGUCCACUUUACCACAAGUAGCAACAGGAUCAAAGACACAGCGUGUUUCUGCAGGGCCCUGCAAGGCACCAUCAGCACUGCAGGCGACGGCACAAACGAGUGCUGUGACACCAUCUAGUUACCACGCAGGUAGUAGUAACAACAACAUCACAGGUAUUCCCAUCACAGGGAGUACACAGGCACUUACUACGCAUAAUCCACACCUCUCAGCUAACGGUGCCUUUUCGAGGCGGUUUCUUCUUGAGUUUCCCUUCAUCAUCAAGUGCUUGGUCCGGAUGACAACAAUUAUCGGUAACACUGGGUCUCUGCAGGAGGCAUUGGAGAUGUUCUACACGCGUGUAUAUCUCUUUCUCGAGAACUUGGGUUACCGCUCAAUGCAUGCACAGAAUAUCGAUGCCAACAGUCCACGUAUGGAGCUCCAUUCUCCGUUUACAGACUCUGCAGGGGAGCUGGAUGGUGGAAGAAGCACCAGUGAAUUAAAGGCCAGUGUCUCAGCAGUAGCCGCAGGGAUCGGUGAGGACGAGCGGGAUUCCUCUAGUAAUUUAGCAGGGACCAUUGUUUCCGAAAACGAGGAAAAGUCGUUGGGGCAGUCAAGUAUGGUGGUAAACGGCGUGGUAAACACUUCGCUCGUGGUCCCAACACUUGUGUGUGCAACUCGUCGUCAGUCGGUACCUGGGUCACCGCGUGUCUCGUCAUCGCAAAACCCCAGCACAUUCAACUUCACGAUAGGGUCUGUUAACAGGAAGGUUUAUCUGCGUGAACUUUGCAUGUUUCUGAGCUUGCUGCCGAACAUCUUUUGCAACCUCACAAUCCUUACAGAGGAGGACCACGCUGUGUGCGAUAGCGACUUUUCCAACUUCACUCUGGCGCUGAAGGUACUGGUACAGAUGCACUUGGCUUCCGAUGACCGUUAG